CUCCUCUGUCCAUGGGAUUUUCCAGGCAAGAGUACUGGAGUAGAGUGCCAUUAUAUAUACUAGACUAGAGUAAACCAUGGGCUUCCCCAGUGGCUCAGUGGUAAAGAAUCAGCCUGCAAUGCAGGAGCUUCAGAAGAUGCAGGUUUGAUCCCUGGGUCAGGAAGAUCCCCUGGAGAAGGGCAUGGCAACCCAUGCCAAUAUUCUUGCCUGGAGAAUCUCAUGGACAGAGGAGCCUGGCGGGCUACAGUCCAUAGGUUUGCAGAGUUUUACACGACUGAGAAUACAUGCACAGAGUAAAUCAUAUCACAGAACACAAUACUAUCUGUAAUAGAAACCACUAUUUACCAUAAGGAGGAAAAAGGAGGUAAAUUUAUGUAUUAAAGUAGAAUAAUCCUCAGGAUAUGUCAAGUGAAAAGACCAUGGUACAGAAUCAUUCUUUAAUUCUGUUUGCUUUUCUCUUUGCUAUACCCAUAUAUAAUAUUUCCUUUUAAAACAUGCCUCAUAGUCUCAGUAUCUUCGUGCUGUGCUCAGAAGUAGGGUAGCAUGUCCUUCUCAGGCAAUGGUGCUUAGAAAUCAGCACAGUGUGCUCUCCUGUACCUCUCCUCCCUCAUUCCAAAUUGUUGCAAAGGCAGAGAAUAUUAAGUCCACAAGUGGGGACAGUGGAAAGAACACCAGCUUCGGAAUCAGUUCAGACCUGUGUCUGCGACAGAACUGAAAUCUUGAGCAACUCCUUCAGUCUGACAUGGCAGAAAAACCAAUGUGUCCCUCCACACAAAUACCCAAUGAUGAAGAUACACAAAAAGAAGAUAAUAUACGUUGCUUAAAUAUGCUUGGCCAUUUUGGUUUCGAUUGUUUGGCUCAUCAGUUGGUGGACAAAUUUGUUCAACAAGGAUUCUUUUUUAAUAUUCUUUGUGUGGGGGAAACUGGAAUUGGAAAAUCAACCUUGAUUGACACACUGUUCAAUACUAAUUUGAAAGACAAAAAAUCUUCACAUUUUUAUACAAGUGUUGGACUUAAAAUUCAGACAUAUGAACUCCAGGAAAACAAUGUUCAGUUGAAAUUAACUGUUGUGAAAACAGUGGGCUAUGGUGAUCAAAUAAACAAGGAAGCCAGCUACCAGCCAAUUGUUGACUACCUAGAUGCUCAAUUUGAGUCCUAUCUUCAAGAAGAAUUGAAAAUUAAACGUUCCUUAGGUGACUACUGUGAUUCCCGCGUCCACGUGUGCCUUUACUUCAUUUCACCGACAGGACAUUCUCUGAAGUCUCUUGAUAUAUUAACCAUGAAGAACAUUGACAGCAAGGUGAACAUUAUACCAGUGAUUGCCAAAGCAGAUGCAAUUUCUAAAAGUGAUUUACAGACAUUUAAGUGUGAGAUAAUGAAUGAAUUGAUUAGUAAUGGCAUCCAGAUGUAUCAGUUCCCAACAGAUAAUGAAACUAGCACUCACAUGAACUCCUCGAUGAAUGGCCUCUUACCUUUUGCUGUAGUAGGAAGUACGGAGGAAGUGAAAGUUGGAAAAAGGACAGUCAGAGGACGUCAGUACCCCUGGGGAAUUUUACAAGUGGAAAAUGAAAACCACUGUGACUUUGUUAAGCUCCGGGAUAUGCUUCUUUGUACAAAUAUGGAAGACUUGAAAGAACAGACUCACACUCGGCACUAUGAACGUUACAGGCGCAACAGACUUCACAUAAUGGGAUUUACUGAUAUGGGUCCAAACAACCAGCCAGUUAGUUUUCAAGAGAUCUAUGAAGCCAAGAGGCAGGAGCUCUUGGAGCAAUGUCAGAGGGAAGAAGAAGAGUUGAAACAGAAGUUUAUGCAGCGAGUAAAGGAGAAAGAAACAGCAUUUAAAGAAGCUGAAAAAGAGCUACAGGACAAGUUUGAACAUCUUAAGAAGGUCCAACAAGAGGAGACAAUGAGACUUGAGGAGGAGAGGAGACAACUGGAAGAAGAAAUCCUGGAAUUUUAUCAAAUGAAGGCCUCCUCUGGGACCUCGCAGGGUCAGGUGUGCACCGGUGUGAAGAAGGACAGAGAGCGGAAGAAAUAACCCUUUACCACUCUGUGCUGUAGGGCCCUUUCACUCUCUCAUCUUCCUGUGAGAUUUUCCUCAUAGCCCUUAAUUCUGAUUGAAAUUACGCUAAGUUUGAAAACUUGUUUACUUGCUGUGUAUUUCCUCUCCCUAGAAGGUGAGCUCCCUGAGAGCACAUACCUUGAUCAUCUUGUUAGAUGCUCUGUCAUCAGGGUUUAGAACAAGAGUAGCACAGAACUGGCAUUCAAUAAAUAUUUGCUAAAAUGAAAGAAGAUCAAAGAUUUAUGUAGCACAGUGUAAAAGUGUUGAUUAGCUGUGGAAAUUCUUUUACCAUAGCCCUACCUGUGACUCUGGUGACCCAGUAUAUGUAUUAUUUCAUAUCUAAAUAGAAGUAGGGGAUUUGUUGGCAUGCAGUAUUACACAAAGCUAAUCCUUAUGCUCAUAUUCCUUAUAAAAUUCUACUGAUAAUAGUUUCUUGAUAGUUUUUAUUAAAUAAAAUGCUGUUUCUGAUUUUAACUCUUAUACUUUUAUGUUAGACCUUGUAAAACUAAUAUUGGAAUAAAACUUCAGAAGUGAAGGAGAGUCAGAGAAUAAUGGGAAAGCAUGAGUAACAUUUGGAUGAUAAUAUUAUGCCUUGCAUACUAACAUUUACUUCAAACUAAAGUUAUCAACGUUUUAGAAAAUAAAGUAGAUUUUUAAAACUAUUUCCAAAGUUUCCUUCUGAUUAUAUAUCCUGAAUUUUCUGCAUUUACAAUGUCAGUUCACCUGUUUGUGUGGCUGAACUUUACCAUGACUUAUUCAGCAAAACUACUACCCUUGAGUGUCU